AUGGACCAACUCAUCAACUUACUCGCCAAUGAAGAGGUCAUUGACGUGGAUGAGGAGUCAUUUCUCCUCUUCGCGCAGGACAUCCCCAGCAACAACCUGGGGAUGCUCAAUCCCCGUGCACCAUCAGUAGAAAUCUCCAUCAAUGAUCAUGAAUACAUAAUUCAUCAAUCACCAGCAUUACUCUCCUCCCAUCGCGCGGGGGGAACUACAGGCGCCGACAGGAGCUCGCAUGAUCUACACCAGUUCUUCUAUGAUUUGUCCCCGGAAUCCCCAGAGCCAGCAAACCCAAGCACGGACUACUCCGUACUCCGCAGGUCAUUUACCCGAGUCCGAUGCCCAGACCAGGCCGAGGGUCGAGGCGUCGAAUUGUCCAAUCCGAUGAUUGUCUGUGCCUCGGCUCUCGGGGAGGAAUGGAUAACCAACCCCUCAAACCCGCUCUGGACAACCGCCCUCCUCAGCCAGACCUCAACAGUAGCCGAACUCGGCACCGGCAUCUCCGCACUAGUCGCGCUCGUACUAGCCCCCUCCGUGCGCCACUACAUCGCCACAGACCAGGAAUACGUGCGCAAGUUGUUCCGCACGAAUCUCGACGCUAAUGCGUCCGUCCCUGUCUCUAGCACCAACAACAGCAAAGCAAAAAGCAAGAGCAAGGGAUCAAAAUCAAAAUCAAAACCAGGCUCGACCGCCAAACCUGUCACUAAUAUCUCCUUCACAACCCUGGACUGGGAGACCGACCAGGCCGCCUCACUGAAAGAAUGUAUGGAUCUCGACGAGACUCACGGCGAGGAAGAAGAAGAAGGAGAGGAGGAUAAAGGCUUCGACCUCCUGCUUUCCUGUGACUGCAUCUACAACGAAGCACUCGUGGCGCCGUUCGUGCGCACCUGCGCGGAGAUAUGUCGACUCCGGCCGGCGUAUGUGGCUGAUUCUGGGGAACUGAGCUCGCGCCGCAGACCGACGGUUUGUAUUAUUGCGCAGCAGCAGCGGUCGCCGGAUGUGUUUGAGACUUGGCUCAGGGAGGCGAUGCGGGAGUUUCGGGUUUGGAGGUUGGGGGAUGGUGUGCUUGGGGAGGGAUUGAGGAGUGGGUCUGGAUAUUUGGUGCAUUUGUUGUUGGUGAAAUAG